AUGGGCAAAAAGACUCGUGAAGAAGAGUCUUCCUCUGAUGAAGAGGAGUAUGUGGUGGAGAAGGUCCUGGACAGAAGGGUGGGAAAAGGAGGACGGGUCGAUUUCUUCCUCAAGUGGAAGGGAUACUCGGAGAAACACAACACCUGGGAGCCAGAGAAAAACCUUGACUGCCCUGAACUAAUUUCAGAGUUCAUGAAGACUUAUAAGAAGGGAAGCAGUGGAGCAUCUACGCCAAGUACUGGGCCCAGCAAAAGCAGCUCAGUGGGACGCUCCAAAGAGUCCAGUAGCUCCAAGAGGAAGGGUUCAGAUGAUGAUGAGGAGGGCAGUAGCAAAUCCAAAAAGAAGAAAGAGGAAGAUGUGUUGGUAGCACGAGGCUUUGAAAGAGGACUGGAGCCGGAGAAGAUAAUAGGAGCUACUGAUUCCUGUGGUGACCUAAUGUUUCUCAUGAAGUGGAAAGACUCGGAAGAGGCUGAUCUGGUGUUAGCCAAGGAUGCCAACCACAGAUGCCCUCAGAUCGUAAUAGCGUUCUACGAGGAGCGCCUAACCUGGCACGAAGAUGGGGACAAGAAAGAGAAGGAGGCUACUGAACACAGUACUGCUUUGACCAGCCCUCUCAUCAGCGCACACAGACCCUAA